UAAAGGAGGGACAUUUGAGUGCAGUUUUGAGGGUGCAGCCGCCCAUCUCAAUGGUUAUGUGCAUACCAUUCGUGACUUGACAUGUGGGCGAGACAGAAAAGUAUGUCAAAAUCGGAAAGUGGGGCUCAGCUCCUUGCUCGACUCGGGUCCCGGCCAAGUUUAGAGAAGGUAGAACCCAAAUUAUUUCCCAAUGGACUCUCUCCAGGCGAGGUGGUGGAACUGUUUGGGGCAGAAGGAACAGGGAAGUCCGAAGUUCUCCUUCAUUGUAUCGCCAAGUGUAUUCUGCCUCCAGAGUGGCUGACAUUUGACCUUGGCGGACUGGGAACCAAGGUCAUAUUCAUCGACACAGAUUACAAAUUCUCGAUCUUGCGAUUAGUUAUCUUGCUCGAAAAAAAAAUCACAGACAUUGUAAAUACAGAAGUGGAUGAAACAAAACCAUCCAGUGAUGAGAUUGAAGUAUUUAUUACAAAAUGCUUGAAGAGGCUGUAUCUUGUUCGAUGCAAUAGCAGUCAUCAACUGCUGUGUACACUUCACAGCUUGGAGACAAAUAUUGCUGCCGACUCGGACUUUGCGGGUAUCAUGAUCGACAGCAUCUCAGCUUUCUAUUGGAUAGACAGAUGUAACCAUGGUGACGGGGGAUCAGCUCAUGAAAAAAAUAUGAAUAAAAUUGUGGACAUACUUCAAACAAUUGCCAAGAAGUAUAAUCUGGUUGUCAUGGCUACGAAAGCAGCUGUGUUCAAAGCUAAAUUAAGAGACUUUGACAAGGGAGAUAAUGCAUCUCCUUUUGGGGAAUCGAAACAUAAGGGUGACAACUCGAACUUUUCAGAAUAUUUGGGGAAAGUAUGGAAUAAAUUUGUUGGGAAAUGGUUGAUGUUGGAAAAAGAUGUGACUGGGGGAAAGUCCAUUUUCACAUCAAGGCAGAAAAUGUCUGGUCAUUCAGUAUGUUUUACCAUCUCUGAAAGUGGACUGCAGUUUGAAUGACUGAUGUGUCGGUAAAUGCAGAGCUGUACAAAGCAGUGUCACUCACUCACUUGCAAUGAUAAAACCGCAGAUAUAUUUUGAUUAUGAUCAGUGUUUGAAAUAAAACAAAUUGCCAGGCUGCCAUCAGGAUCCAUAGACUUUAGAAACUGCAGGACCUGACUAAAUUCAGGUCCCCAUUUAAAAAAAAAAUUCGGCUUAUUAUGACAAAUAUAUUGAUUAUUGAAGUAACUUUACUUCAAGCCAUAAGGACACAUAUAAAUUUGAAACUAUGGGCCCAACACAAGAUCUACCUGCCACAGGCCUAUGGGCAAGCACUUAUUUUGAACACUGAUUAUGAUCCUUGGGAUGUCAACACCAUGUCCUUGAGGGGACCGUGAUAUUGCUGAUUGUGGCGUUAAACAAGAAAACAUCAAACAAACAAAUCAUUCAUAAAUUGACAGGCAGUUGGGUAGUCUAGUGGUUAAAGCAUUGGCUUGUCACACAGAAGGCCCGAGUUCAAUUCUUCAUAUGGCUGCAAUGUGUGAAGACCAUUUCUGGCAUCCUGCCGCCAUGAUGUUACUGGAAUAUUGCUGAAAGUGGCAUACUGCUGAUCUGUGAUAAUAUUGAUUUGUAAGAAUGUAUUAAAUGAAAUCUGUCCUAA